AUGCCUAUCCAAUCCAGCAUUGCUGUCGUGUGUUCAGACAAUGCAGCAUCAACUUCAAUCAAGUGGCUCUGCGCCCUCAGGAGCGCUCAGGAGCCACCGACCCUGCACGCACUCUACGCUAACCUCCGUGCCUGGCUGCGCUUGGCCAAAUUACGGCAGCUAGUCGAGCAACGCAUGAACUUGGGCCUGUCGAUCAGUGCGCUUGGUCCGUCUAAAACUGGGUGCGAGGCACCAGGAACUGUCAGUAAUCUUAUGCCUACCUACCUGUUGAUAACAGAUGGAAUACGCUCUGCAGCGAAGAGGAAGCUCUUGGGAACCCCAAUCCUCCGCCUUAAUUGCACAUUCCUUGGCCGUACGACGCGCCACGGCCAGCCUACACAGGGCGCAAGCUGGGCGAAUGAGUUGCAGCUCGCCCUCGCAGACGGGAGCGAGUGGCCAGUGGCUGCUGGUCUAAAAACAGCGAAUACCACCCAGAGCCAGGUUCAACGGCAUCCCCAGCCUGAUUUGCGCCGAGAGCAGCAUCAACGCUACCCUGGUGGAGAUCGUGCCCUGGCAUCUGUUUCACCUGGGCCGCUCCCCAGCGAAUCAGGCUAA